GGCGGGGCCACUGGGGUUUGGUUGCGCUAGAUCUUGGGACUUUAAAAGCCAAUGCACCAGUAUUCAUGAAUCACGGUGGGUUACAUAUAAACCCUUGUUCCUUCAGACAGUAGAGAGAGUGUGAGAGCAUAGAGAGACGGAAUUCUCCUUCAUUUUCAUGUGAAGCUGUUGAUCACUUCUCUCUCCAUCUAAACUCCGGGAUAAAUGAAAAUGGUGCUUAGAGACGUUCUCAUUUUCUUGUUAAUUGCAAUACAUGUAACUUCAACUGCUGCAGAUUCGAUCCAUGGCUGCGGUGGAUUUGUCGAGGCAAGUUCGUCUUUGAUAAAGUCGAGAAAACCUACUGAUGCGAAAUUGGAUUAUUCACAUAUCACGGUAGAGCUUCGCACGGUGGAUGGAUUAGUGAAAGACAGGACACAGUGUGCUCCAAAUGGUUAUUACUUUAUCCCAGUAUAUGACAAGGGUUCUUUUGUCGUCAAAGUCAAGGGACCUGAAGGAUGGUCAUGGGAUCCAGAUCAGGUUCCUGUUAUUAUUGAUCGAAAUGGUUGCAAUGCAAAUGCAGAUAUUAAUUUUCGAUUCACAGGGUUCACAAUAUCUGGAAGAAUUAUGGGAGCAGUUGGUGGAGAGAGCUGUUCUUUGAAAGAUGGAGGGCCUUCUAAUGUGAAAGUUGAUCUUUUGUCACCCCAGGGGGAUCUCAUUUCUUCUGUUUUGACAUCUUCAGUAGGAAGUUACUCAUUCAGAAACAUUGUUCCAGGAAAAUACAAGCUAAGUGCUUCACAUUCAGAUUUUGAUGUUGAAGUUAGAGGUUCUUCAGAGGUGGAAUUGGGUUUUGGAAAUGGCAUAAUAGAUGACAUCUUCUUUGUCCCUGGAUACGAUAUUCAUGGGUUUGUUGUUGCUCAGGGAAAUCCUAUCUUGGGAGUCCACAUUUAUUUAUACUCAGAUGAUGUACAAAGUGUGAAUUGUCCUCAUGGUUCUGGUAAUGCCCCCUGGCAAAGAAAGGCUCUCUGCCAUGCCAUAUCUGAUGCAGAUGGAAAAUUUAUAUUUAAUUCAAUGCCUUGUGGGGUUUAUGAGCUUGUACCUUACUACAAGGGUGAGAAUACAGUUUUUGAUGUUUCGCCUCCUACCAUGUUGGUGUCUGUUGGGCAUCAUCAUAUUACAGUCCCUCAAAAAUUUCAGGUCACUGGAUUUUCUAUUGGGGGCCGGGUAAUUGAUGGAAAUGGUGUUGGAGUUGAUGGUGUUAAAAUAAUAGUUGAUGGUCAGGAAAGGUCUAUCACAGAUAAACAAGGAUAUUACAAGCUUGACCAGGUUACAUCCAAACGAUACAAAAUAGUAGCUGAGAAGCACCAUUACAAGUUCAAUAAUUUGGAGAAUUUCUUGGUUCUGCCUAACAUGGCUUCCGUUGAAAACAUUAAAGCAGUCUAUUAUGAUAUUUGUGGUGUUGUUCGGAUGGUUUGUGCAGGCUACAGGACUAAGGUAGCAUUGACACAUGGACCUGAAAAUGUCAAACCUCAAGUAAAACAAGUUGAUGAAAAUGGGAGAUUUUGCUUUCAGGUUCCACCUGGUGAAUAUCGUUUAUCUGCAUUAGCAACCCAACCUGAGAAUGCUCCUGAACUAUUGUUUUUGCCAUCGUAUGUUGAUGUCACAGUGAAUAGUCCAUUAUUGAAUGUUGAAUUCUCCCAGGCACAAGUUGAUAUACAUGGAACUGUACACUGCAAGGAGAAAUGUGGUGAAUCUGUUGUCAUUUCACUUAAAAGAUCAACUGGAAAAGGUGUAGAUGAGAAAAGGACAGUUAGCUUGACUAAUGAGAAUAAUGUAUUUAUGUUUCCAAAAGUUUUCCCUGGCAAAUACAGGCUAGAGGUGAAGCAUGUAUCUUCACUUGACAUGUCUGAGGAGGACCAAUGGUGCUGGGAGCAAAGUUCUAUUGAUGUGGCUGUAGGAACUGAGGGUGUAAAAGGGAUUGUCUUUACUCAGAAAGGUUACUGGAUUGAUAUAAUUUCUACACAUGAUGUUGAUGCUUACAUACAUCAACCUAACAACUCACCUCUGAAUUUAAAGAUUAAGAAAGGAUCCCAAAAGAUAUGUGUAGAAUCUGCUGGACAACAUGAGCUUCACUUUGUUGAUUCUUGCAUCUAUUUUGGGGGCUCCUCAGUGAAGUUUCAUACAAUGGAUCCAUCGCCUGUCUAUCUGAAAGGAGAGAAGUACCUUCUUCGAGGUCAAAUCCAUGUUGGUUCCAGCUUACACCACAGUAUAAAUGAUUUACCCAAGGAUAUCAUUGUUGAUGUACUGGAUAACAACAACACAGUUAUUGAGGCUACUAGUACCAGACUUGUCUCUAAUGGAAACGAUGAAGGAGACCUUGCUGUAUAUGAUUACUCGAUAUGGGCCAAUCUUGGAGAAAAGCUCACCUUUUUUCCUCGGGAUUCAAGGAAUGAUGAAGAAAAGAGGAUAUUAUUUUAUCCCAGAAACCACCCUGUCUCAGUGACUAAUGAUGGUUGCCAACCUACUAUUCCUCCAUUUUUGGGUCGUUUGGGCUUGUAUAUUGAAGGAUCAGUUUCCCCACCCCUUUCUGGUGUCAGUAUCAGAAUUAUGGCUGCUGGAGUGAGUAGCAAUGCCCCAUUGCAGAAAGGUGAAUUAGCACUGGAAACUGCUACAGGAGCAGAUGGUUUCUUUAUUGGUGGCCCUUUGUACGAUGAUACAAGUUACAGCCUUGAAGCUUCAAAGCCUGGUUAUCAUUUGAAAGCAGUUGGACCUAAUUCCUUCUCUUGUCAGAAGCUUAGUCAAAUUUCAGUGCAUAUAUAUUCGGAUGAGGAAGCUAAAGGACAAUUUCCUUCCGUUCUACUAUCAUUGAGUGGAGAGGAUGGUUAUAGGAACAAUUCAGUUACUGGGGCUGGUGGAUUUUUCCUCUUUGAUAACUUGUUCCCUGGAAGUUUCUACUUGCGUCCACUGCUGAAGGAAUAUUCCUUCUUGCCUCCAGCACAGGCAAUAGAACUUGGUUCUGGUGAGUCUAAAAAUGUAGUUUUCCAGGCCACCCGCGUUGCUUACAGUGCUAUGGGUACUGUCACAUUACUAUCUGGCCAGCCAAAAGAAGGUGUUUCUGUCGAGGCUCGAUCAGAAUCGGAAGGAUAUUAUGAGGUGACAACAACAGAUUCCUCCGGAAGCUACCGUCUGAGAGGACUUCUUCCUGAUACAACCUAUAUAGUCAAAGUAGUGGAAAAGGAUGAGCUUGGAAGCCCAAGAAUAGAACGUGUCUCACCAGAAUCUGUUGUUGUCAAGGUUGGCUCUGAAGAUAUCAAGGGUCUGGAUUUUGUAGUAUUUGAACAGUUGGAAAUGACCAUUUUAACUGGCCAUGUAGAGGGAGUUGGCAUUAGGGAGUUAGAAACACAUCUCUUGGUUGAAGUGAAGUCAGCAAGUAACCCAUCUAACAUUGAGUCAGUUUUUCCAUUGCCACUUUCCCACUUUUUUCAUAUAAGGGAUCUGCCCAAGGGUAAGCAUCUUGUGCAGUUGCGUUCCAGCCUUCCAUCAAGUACCCACAGAUUUCAAUCAGAAAUUAUUGAGGUUGACUUGGAAAAGCAAGCACAAGUUCACAUUGGCCCUCUCAGAUACAAAGUUGAGGAGGAUCAUCACAAACAGGAAUUAACGCCAGCACCAGUUUUUCCUCUCAUUGUUGGUGUCUCUGUCAUCGGUCUUUUUAUUGGUAUGCCAAGGUUGAAGGAUUUAUACCAAUUGACGAUAGGAAUUGCUUCUUCAGGAUCUACUGCAAAAAAAGAAGUAAGAAAACCAGUCGUGAGAAAGAGAACUUAUUGAAGGUGCUUUUAAAUCCCAGAGGAAGUUUUUAUUUAUUUCAACCAUCAUCGGUCCUAUGGCUGAGAGAACAUAUACACUAAUGCUAACCAUUGUUCUCGAGCAUUGCACUAUAGAAGAUGUAGUUGUCAACAUCUACAAGAGCAAAAAGCUGGGCUCUUUUUAUUCAAGUGACUUUCAGUUUUGUUGCUUCGAUUACAAGCUGCAGCUCAA